AUGAACAUUUCAUCGAUCGUGAAUACAAAUAUCUUGUCUAAUGCUAACUUGUCAGCUACAAAUAUGUUAAGACUCGGAAGCAAUGCUGUCCUGAAUACGCCAAUACCACCAGCAGCCUUAUUAAGUUUGAUUAAAAUGAGGUAUGAUCAGUUAGGUCCUGUGUUCCUUGGACCAGGUGCUGUUGAAAAUGAUUUUCCUUUUAAAUUACCUAUUUUGGAUGAAGAUCAGAAAAGUGCCUUAGAGAAAGCUAAAAAGUUUGCUAUUGAACAGAGUAUCAAAGCAGCUUUGGAGAAACAGUCCUUACAAAAACAUCUAAAUCCUAGUUACAUCGCCAAACGGGCGCAAACUCUGAGUCUUUUAAACCGUAUAUAUGUAGGUUCUAUUAGCUAUGAUUUGCGCGAGGAUGCGAUCAAAAAGGUCUUUUCACCUUUUGGACUCGUUCGAUCCGUUAAUCUUAGUUGGGAUUCUCUUAACCUUAAGCACAAGGGGUUUGCCUUCGUAGAAUUUGAGCAUCCAGAAGCAGCAUUCCUAGCUUCACAAAGCACAAAUAGCAUCAGCUUGGGAGGUCGACAGCUAAAAGUCGGUCGACCUAGCAAUUUAUUAAACGCAGAUUCACUUAUUGAGGACCUUAUAAAGGAAAAUGGACUUGAAAAGAAAAUAUAUGUUUCAGGAGUUCAUAAAGAUUUGAAUGAAGAUGACGUAUCUCUUGUAUUUGAAGCAUUUGGAAAAAUAUCAUUAUGCAAACUGAACCCUGACCCAUCUAAAUUACAAAAGCACCUCGGAUUCGGGUUCAUCGAAUAUGAAUCAGUUCAAUCUGCUAUCGAUGCUAUCGCCAACAUGAAUAUGUUUGACCUUGGGGGACAGUAUCUUCGUGUAUGCAAGGCCAUUUCCCCUCCAGAGGAAAUAAAUAUUGUAUCUAAGAUACCUUCUGCUGCCGCAUUAGCUGCUGCUUCAGUUACAGCUAAACUUAAUGCUAUGGAGGCGGAAAACUCCAGAAACAAGGCAACACCAUCCACAAAUCCGUCAGAAAAGUUAAAUACACACGGCACACAGGAUAUAAGUGAGGUUUCUGAUUCCUUUACUACAAAAGCUAAAGACGACGACGAAUUCGCACUCGACAGUCAAGACGAUUUGUUCAUCAAAGGAAAAGAAGCUCGAAAAGUGAUGAUGCAAAAGUUGUCUCGUGUUCCACAAAAUGUUAUGUUACUAAGAAAUAUGGUUGAACCAGGAGAGUGUGAUGAAGAUUUAGAACUGGAAGUAACUGAGGAAUGCUCCAGUUAUGGAUCAGUAGAGAAAGUUUCAAUACAUCAAGAACGCAGUAAAACUGGAGAGUUCACUGUCAAGAUAUUUGUUGUCUUCAGUGAUUUAGAGUCAACAAAUAGAGCUAUUACAGCAUUGAAUGGAAGAUAUUUUGCUGGUCGUAAAGUACAUGCAGAACUAUAUGAUAUAGAGAAGUUUAUAAGCAAUGACUUUACAGGUUAA